UGCUCCGAACAUAGCUUCCUCUCUGCCUCUCUUUCUGUUUCUCUCUCUCUCUUCCUCUCCCCCUGAGUCACUCACAGUAUUCUGCCUAGAGAGAGAUAGAGGGAUUGAAUGGGAGUGGGGGAGGGAGGGAGGAUGGGGGAAACAAAGGCAGAGAGAGAGCUAUGUUUGGUCUAAGUGACUGAAGCGAGGGACGGUGAAAGGGAGGGAGAGAGAGGGACAAGAGGGUAGAUGAGGUUUGUCGGUUGUUUUUUUGGAGUCUAGGUCAGUUGAGAUGGACCACAGAGAGAGAGAAGACUGAACACUGUCUCGUUCUGUUACUAGAGGACUAUGGUGCUGCUCCGAUGGAUAGAACUACUCCUAGAAACAGAACCUAACUCUCUUAAUAGGGCUAGGACUGUUGGACUACUCCUAGAGACAGAACCAAACCCACCUAGCAAGGCCAGAGAACUGGAUUAAGGAGGGAAGGAGACAAGAGGAUUGAGAAUUUAAGGGAACUUCUUAUCCCAACAGUUUUUAUUGCCUCUUUUGAACACCGCAGUGGAAAUGUUAUGUUGAAGACUUGAUAAACAGUAGUAGCCGGACCACCUUUUUUUGGCCUAAGUCCAUUGUCAUCUGUGUUGGAUUGAAGAUCUUUGGGCAUCUUUAUAAGGAUUGCUCUCAGACCAGUCUAUGGUUGAACUAGCGUUGGGCCUGACCCUGACUGUGACCCAGUAGACACGGUUCUAGGAUCAGGUGUGACUAGGGCCUCUUCUGUGUGGAUCCACUCUGACGCAGUGUACCUGUGAUCAGGCCUCACUCGUGGCACCUGUCCAAGCUUUCCUCAACGGAGUCCCCCCACAGUUCUACCCCUGUCCCCCCUCCUACCCCCCCUUCCCCCCCAUCUGCCAUGCAGCUCCAUCCUGGGCCCUACACACUACCCUGGCACUCUACAGCAGACAACAGUGAUCUGUCUAUCCAGUGGAACCAGCUCUCCAGACACUACUCUACAGACAGAAGCAGUUCCCUAGGUAGCAUGGACAGCCUUGACCCUCCUAGCAGCCAAGUGUACUACGAUUCCCAUAAUUCCCCAGUGGACCCGGCCAUCUUCAACAAUAAGAGAGACUAUGAUUACCACAAUUCACCAGUGGACCCUGCUAUAUUCAACAAUAAAAGAGACUCUGCUUAUAGCUCUUUCUCAGCUAGUUCUAAUAUGUCAGACAAUACUGUCUCAUUAAGGCCCGGUGAGGCCUGUUCUAUGGAGAAUAUCCUCCGGAGCCUUGGGCCAGGGGGACCCGCCUGCCGGGUUUAUGCCUGUGGCAAUGCACCAUCCCUGGGGAGGGAGUCAGGCGAGGCCCAGGAUGAGACCGGUACCUCAGCCCUACUACCAAAGUCGAGGUCGCUGACCAGGCCAAGAGUGAGGCAGCCGGAAGCGAAGGAGAGACCAUCUUCGUACUGUUUUGAAGAGGAGAGGAGAGAGGAGAGGAGAGAGGAGAGGGGUGGAGGAGGAGGGAAGAGGGGGGCCUCAAUUCCCCCCCUUCCCCCAACCAGGAAGGACAGUUUUAGGUCCACGAAGGGUCGCUUGGGGAUUACAGAUGUCAAAGAUCAACGAUGCAUCUCUGCCCCCGUCGGAAUUCCCAGCCUCUUCCGUUGCCAUGCCGAGGACGAUGACGACAAUCCUCAGAACGUUCCUGGCGUUCCAGUUAUUCCCAGCUGGAACGUCUAUCCCGCUCCUUGCAAGGCGUCAAAGGCAGAGGGAGACAUGGGAAAUGGGAAAAGGAAUGGGGUUGGGAAUUUUAAAGGAGAUUCUUUGGAGCAAUACUACACCCUCAUCUCCAAAAAAAAAGAUUCCCUUGUGAAUAAGAACUCAGAGAUCCAGGAGAUCCAUCCAGACUCCCUCCACCUCCCUGCCCUAGAGAGAAGCUCCUCUUCCUCCAUCCCCGGCUCCAGCUCCCUACCUCCAGACAGCUCCAUAGAUCCAGACCCCUCAGGUGAAGCCAACCACCUCCUCCCCCAGAACAAGCACUGCUCAUCAGGUCUCUACAGACAAAGCGUCCCUGAGAAACUCUUAUCGCAGCUACGUCAUCUAGAGUUUUCCAGUGACCCUUCGGACCAUAGCUCCGUCUCCCCCUCCAGCUCCAAGUGGUCUCACUCCCCCCUUAACCCCCCCAGGGAGGACCUAGGAGGGGAUAUAGGGAGUCACGACGCCUCCCUCCUUCUCCUCCAGCAGAACCAGUGGGAGUGGGAAGGAAGGAGUCCAUGCUCUACCCCAGGAUUGGUGGACAUUGAUGGGAUUGGGGAGGCAGGAGAGGUGAGUGUGGUGGUUUGGGAGAGUAGGGAGGUGGUGGCGGCUGCUGGUAAUCUCCUCUCCCCCAUCCAGGUCCAAUACCCCUGGGGUAGGCCGGUGAGUGUUCCAGGGCCAGGGGAGCCCUCUGGAAAUUGUACGCAGGGAGAGGUGAGCUCUGAGCGGGUAUGGGAGACCGACUUUGGGCCUCUCAGUGCUGCAGCCAGUGUAGACAGCCUACUGGAGGGAAGUCUUAGAGGAGGAGGAGGAAGAAGGGAUGAUAAUGAAGGAGAGGUGCUGAUGAAGAAACCCAGGAGUCACCGUUCGUCCCGGGCACGCCGUCGCAGCGAACGUUUCGCCACGAACCUCCGUAACGAGAUCCAGCACAAGAAGGCCCAGCUGUCCAAGAGUAAAGGCCCAGGAGGGUUGCUCUACAGCGGGGAGACAGUUGAGGAAGAAGAAGAUCCAGCCCUGGAAAUCAAGGACCUCCAGAGGAAAGAGGCUGAGGACCUGGAUCCGCCUGCCAAGGAGAGCAGCUCCCAAGGCGUAUACACCUGUUCCGACAUCAGCCUCUCAGCUCCAGCUCCUGGAGGUCUGAACAGACUAUCCUCUUCUUCCACCCUCCAGCUCCACCAGCUGUCCCUAGCCACAGUUUCAGCUCUACAACCCCCCAGGGAUAAAGAACCUGAACCACCAGGGAACCAAGACCAAGCUACAGACUCAUCCAGGACACCCCAGAAGUCUGACCCAACCUUGCCCAGCUGCGGUAUGGGUAUCCAGGUCGUGGAGGAGCUAGCUCCAGCCGGCAAGUCCCGCCGAUGGAGAUGGACACCCGAACAUAAACUCCAACCAGAAAUUGGCACUAACCGACGGGGGGAGAGGGUCGGAGUGGCCUUGGGGGUGUCAGGACGAGGGAGGGCAUCCUCCGCCUCCUCUUCUUCUUCCAACACUUGUUCUUCCCACACUGAGGAGUCUGAUAUUCUACCUUUUGCGGACCGCUGUAAGUUCUUUGAGGAGACAAGCAGGAGUAUAUUGGUGUCAAAUUUGCCAGGUUUGACGAGUCGACGGCAGAGGCCAGAUAGACAUGAGAGGCAGCCUCAUCUGUCGAUGCUGGAGAACCAAGGAGGGGGCUAUGGACAGGGACAAGCCCAGAGGAGGUACUCCUACCAGGGUGGAUUCGAGCGAGAAAGUCCCCUUUUGAUUAGUACCAUGGAGGCCCGGAGACAAUCGGUUAGUGGGAACAGGGAGAGAGAAAAGGAGAGGGAGAGAGAGGAGAGGGAAAAAGAAAGGGAGAUGGAAAGGGAGGAAAGAGAAAGAGAGAGGGAGAGGGAAAGGGAGGAGAGGGCGACAGAGAGGGAGAGGUUGUUGGAGAGGGAGGAAAUGGUAUGGGAGAGGGAAAGAGAUGAGAGGGCCAGAGAGAGGGAAAUGGCACUUGAGCGGGAAAGGGAGGAAGAGAGACAAAGAGAGGAAAGGGCUAGACUGAGAGAGCUGGAGAUGGAGAGAGAAAGGGAGAUAGAGAGGGAACAAGAUAGUGAGAUGGAGAAAGAGAGACAAAGUGAGAGAGAGAGGAAAAGAGAGAGGGAGAGAAAGUCACUCAGUUCAGCUCAGGAUCUCUUUGCCAGUCAAUCCCAACCCCAUGCCUACCCCCAGCCCCACUCCUACUCCCAUCCCCAAACCCAGAACGAGGCCCCUUGUUCAGCCUUCCACCCGGUCAACACCGCUCUCCUCCAGGAUAACCAGGCUCUUCACCAGAGGUAUCCACCACAGAGCUACACACCAACAGAGGCGUAUCCUGCUGCAUCUCGACCAUUACCGUGGGAACAGACACAGAUCAACAGGAAGUUCAGCCUGACCGAGAGGGACUACCCCCGGUACAGACGUGAUUCAUCCACCGGGCCACCAAAUUGUGCCAUAACAGUAACACCUGACUACCACCACCAGCAAGUCUCCCAAAGUGGGGGUUGUUGGAAUGGCUUGCUGUCUGCCUGUAGUAUGGACGAGGAGGACCAUCACCAGAUGUCUAUGGUGGUUAACCCCACAUCAUAUUCAUCUUCAUCACUACUACGAAGCAGGGCCAUGUCCGAGAACGAUCUACACUUUGGCUCCACCUACCGCCGUACUUCACCCUCGGUUGCUAUGGUGACACCACUGUCCGAGCUGGAGGAGGGAGGCGGGAUCGAAGGGGGAAGAAUGGGAGUGGGAGGAAUUAGGGGAGCGGCUAACAAAAAUAAGACUCUACCCCCUCCGAGGCCACCUCCCCCCAAAUGGGAGCAGUUCCACCGCAGGAGAGCCUCUCACCACACCCUCUUCACCUCUCCUCUCUUCUCCACCUCUGUUUCUUCAUCCGUCCAUCCAUUGGUAAACCCCACCCCCCCUCCUCUCCCUCUCAUACCACCAGAGGGUCCCACCUCUCGCCCUUCAUCUCACCCCUGUCACCCUGAAAAGAGUGAAAUGACGCGUCAGCGCUCCUACAGCCUCCCGCCCCAGAGGGAGGAGCUAGAGGGGUGCCAGCGCUGCAUCAGAUGCCAAGUCCAGGAAUGGCGCUUUUCCCAGGCUCCGCCAAGUCCAGGGUUCACACACACGGCCUUCCGGCCGGUGGCCCCGCCCCAAAGAGAUAAAGACACUCCCCCUCGCUACAACGACACACUGCCGCCAUCAGAAAGCUGUGUCAGGUUGUGGAACAUGGCUGACCAAGAUUGUCCUGCUGUAUUGAAGCCUGUCUCUCAUAGACAGCAGAGGGCCAGGGCUGAGUGGGAGAGAACUCCGUCUCCCAGAGUGCAUAGUGUCUCAGGUCAACUCACCAUAGAGAAUGGCGUUAUCUCACCAGAGUCCUACUUCGCUAUGGGCUAUGAACAACAACAGUUACAGCAGAACAGAAGAUUGCGGAAUCACCCCAACAACAAUAACAACAAGCCGGAAUUGGAACAAGAAUUAUUGGAACUGGAACCGGAAUCCGAUUUUGGCCCGAGCCCCGCCCAGAGCCUGGAACAGGAAGUGGACAUCCCCAUGGAAACGGACAUCGACGACUCCCAGGAGGAGGGGCUUCCAGAGGAUGAAGAGCCAAUCAGGACAGAGCUACAAUGUUUCGCCCUGCCCGUCACGGUGCUGGAGACGGACAUCGACACGCUCCCUGAUCAGGAGGCCUUGCCAGCGGGUAGGAUGACAGUGGAGAAUGGGUCUCUGGAUGGAGAAAUUGAGGACCAGGGGAUGAGGACCAGAGAGGAACUCAUGGAGGAGCUGUUUCCCCAGAGCAUUGAGGGCGAGGCAGGCACAGAGAGCUGGAGAGGGGCCUACCGUAGCCCCAACCUGGAGCACAAAACAGACAGCCUGGAUAGGCGUUCUGGUGCCAGCUCCAGUUGUUCGUCCUACUACUCUACCUCAGCAGCCAAAGCUCAGCUCCUCACUCAGAUGAAAGACUACUGCUCAGACACUAGAGACACUGACGAUGAUGAUGAGGAACUGUCUUACAAGAGACAGUUGAUGGAGAGUCUACGUAAGAAGCUAGGAAUUCUGAGAGAGGCACAGAGAGGUCUACAGGAGGAUAUACGGGCUAACACACAGCUGGGAGAGGAGGUUGAGAGCCUGGUGCUAGCGUUCUGUAAGCCCAAUGAGGUGGAUAAGUUCAGGAUGUUUAUCGGGGAUAUGGAUAAGGUGGUCAGUCUGCUUCUGUCUCUCUCCGGACGGCUACUUAGGGUUGAGAGCUCACUGGACAACCUGGAGGCCGAGACUGGACACUAUGAGAGGCUCCCCCUCCUGGAGAAGAAGCGCCAGCUCCUGGUGCAGCUGUCAGAGGCCCAGGACCUCAAAGAACAUGUAGACCGACGGGAGCAGGUUGUGGGAAGGGUGCUAAGACGAUGCCUUUCCCCAGAACAGCACCGUGACUACAGUCAUUACGUCAAGAUGAAGGCAGCAUUGCUGGUAGAACAGAGGCAGCUGGAGGACAAGAUCAGGCUGGGAGAAGAGCAGCUAAGAGGGCUACGGGAGAGUCUAGGGAUGGGAUUAGGGAUGUCCAUGGGAUAUGGGCACUACUAAACCCCAACCAAGAGACCUGAAAGCUGGGCAGAUGGAUGGGGUAUCGACACUAUUGAGAGAAAGUGAACAGGGACAGUUAGAGAAGUUAAGAACCUUAAGGGAGAGUCUGUGUUGGGGAUGUCCAUGUUGAUGGGGUAUGUACACUAUUGAGAGAACUAACCCUAACUUAAAGGUCAAUUUUGCUUUUUAAAAAACAACUCUCUAUUCCAGACUCUUUUUUUGCGAUUUCACUUGUUUUUGAGAAACUUACCUCAACCAGUGAUUCACUUCCUCUUUGUUGUUGUGCAGAUGGGCUUAGGAAUGGGGCUAGGGAUGGGGAGAGCCAUGGAAUGUCUAUGGGGUAUGGAAACUAUGGGGAGACAGGCAACCUACACAAGGAGACCCUAGAGUGGGGUACAUUAGGAUGUGGGAUGGGGUAUGGACACUAUUGAGAGAGAACCAACCCAACCUACAGAGAGCCUGGAGAGCUAUGGUAGAGUUUAGGGGUAGGGCUGAGGGAUGUCCGUGAAGUAUGGGAACUGUAGGGAGACAGCCAACCCACACAUGGAGGCCCUAGAGUUGGGUAAAUAGGGAUGGGGUUAGAGUUGGGGAUGGGAUAUGGGCACUACUUCCUAAAACACUCCAGUCCUUUUCCUGACACCAACAUCUACACUGUGUUAAACAGAGGUGGCCAUUAAAACCCCACAAGAGAAUGCAUUAAGGCUGCACUUGGCAGUAUUUGUCCAUUAAGAAAUACACACCUACUCUUUGGUGUUAGACACACUGGUGCACCCAAGAGUAACAACUAUCUUUCACUUAUCAACUGUAACCUCACAAUCGCAUACUCCAUGCACUACAAAAUGAGGCCAAAGAAUAAGUUGUUGUUUAGUGUGUGUGUUACUGAACAAGACUGGAGAAUGUAUUUAUUUAUUUAUUACUCUGUUGAGCAAUACUGACAGGGAGCAUUUGGGGUGCUAGACGAGAGUAUUUUCAUGAAACUGUUAGGGAGUGCAUUGAAUACAUAGAAAUGGAUAGAAGGUGCAUGUGCCAAAAAGCUGCCCAUCCUAUCACAUAAAACAUUAUUGCAAAGAAAAGCCCUCUAUCCAAUUCUAUGAUUGCAUAUAAUCCUAUUACAGUAAUAUGUCCAGAAAUGGAGCGAGACAGCUGCUUCUCUCCACUCUCAUUUAACACUAUACUAGCCUGAGUGCCAGUCUGUUUGUGCUAUCAUGCUAACUCCUUAACGCUUAUUGUCAUGCCAGACAAUGACAGCGAUGGAGUUUGCCAAGAGCGCAAACAGAUUUGGGCCCUGGAAAACCCUAUACUCCAUAACUGCAUCACAUCACUGCAUUGACACCUCCUUAACACUACCACACUACCUUAACACUACCACACCAUGCCUUAGAUUGUGUAUAUUGGUGUAGGGUGAAGUUUCCCCUAGACACUGAUCCUGGGUCAGUUUUGCAUUUUCCACACUAAUUGUUAAGGUUAAAAUAGGGGGAGGGGAAGCUGAUCCUAGGAAAUGUCACCCCGGAGCCCUAAAAUUACUGUCUUACAGUGUGUAUAUGCAUUCAUUAUUAUUGUGUAUAUUAAAUGUUGUGUAUAGAAGUGA